AAAUGUAGUGAUUAUACAUAUGCCUGUUGGGCUCCUUUUGGUUGAUCAGUUAGAAAAUUUGAAAAGAACUUUACUAUAAAAAAGAGCUUUACUGAUAUUUGGUGAAGAAGAAAAAGCGAUUCCAAGUUGGGCAUCUUGUUCCAAAUCAUCAAAGUGUUACUGUAUUACACAUUGCACCAUACACAGAAUAUCCCAAAUCACAAGUCAGGUACACUCACUUCCCAAGUUCUUUGGCCACUUCUCAAACUUUGUGCUAUAAUCAUCAUCAUCAUCUAAGCCUUAUCCCAAUUAAUUGGGGUCAGCUAGAUGAAUCCUGUUCUGCCAUGCCACCCUACGGGCCAUACCUUCAGUUAGACUGAUUAUACCCCAAACACUUUGUGAUAUAAGUUUUAAAUUAAUAUCAGCAUAAGUAUAUAUAGCUGAAUAAUAAAAAUCCCUGCAAGCAAAGGAAAAGGUGAAUUAUGGCUGUCUUAAUGAACUGAGACAGAACCUUUGCAUUGCUCAUUUCACUAAGAAAAAAGAAGAUAAAUUUCUUUCAAUUAUUUGGAAAUUGAUGGUAUAGGUUGACCGCUUCUAAGGAACUGUUGGUAGCUGCAAAAGUUCUACAGUUGGUGAUUGUCGUUCAAUUUUCUCAAUCUUCUUGUGGAGGAGCUUAUUUAGUAUGACGAUGUAUUUGUAGGUGACAUCCCUUCCAAGGAGCAAGUAUGAAGAAGAUGUUUAUAUCAAUAACCACACAACUGUUUGGGGUUCAUGGUGGAAGGAUCAUCAAUGGGGCUACAAAUGCUACAAGCAAAUUAUCCGGAACAGCUACUAGUACUCGGGCUUGGAGAUGCCAGUGUUGUGGAGAAGCCAGCAACAGUGGAAGAGAAAAGGCUUGCUACAUGGGGAACUGAUGUUCCUGAGGAUUUGGUUCUCGACCAGAAGCUACUUGUUGAAGCCCUCAAGAAGGUAAUUUUUGCUAUCUGCCUGACAUGUGAUGAUGCAAUGUACAAAAUGUGGAUUUGCAGUCAAGAACAUAUCAGGGUCAGCUUGGCUCUAUCAGUUUUUUUUUUUUUUUAAUAAAGAAAGUAAACUUGUCUUGGCUCUAUGGAAACUGUGGUUGAAGUUGUAAUUUUGUUUCUUAAAUUCAAUUGAGCACUUGAAAGUGUCAACCAAGUACAUGGAACAAAAAAAAAUAAAAUCCCUGGUCAAGUGUUGAAGUUGUAAUUUCGUUUCUUAAAAUUCAAUUGAGCACUUGAAAGUGUCAACCAAGUACAUGAAAAAAAAAAAAACCCUGGUCAAGCAGUGAUAAUCCAAAUAUCAGAUUAGAUCAUAAACCUUUGGAUCCGAAACUCUCAAUCUAGUACUUGACCAAACCAAGUUUCGAGUUAUGUAACCUCUUGAGAGAUUUUCAGCACCUUACCUUGUGUUUAAUUAUGGUUGGACCAGAGGAUUAAAGAAAGAGGGAAGAGAGAGAUGAAAGAAAGAGAAAAUACAAUGUGAAGUGCAAUCAUGAGGUAUAUUGCCUUUAUUUGAUCGAUCAAUG